AUGGCCUCUGCUGCCUGCUGCUUCUCCGAGGAGCAGUUCAGGAAUCUCUGCGCAGAGCUCCAGCAGCCCGGGGUAGGCGGGGCCGGCUGGGAGCUGCUGGUGAAGAGCAUGGGCGUCGGCAUCUAUAGGCAGCUGAACCAACCAACUGGACAUUAUAAGGCCUUUGGUGUUCUGGAUGAUUUCCCACAGGAUCUACUUGCAGAUGUCUAUAUGGACUUCAACUAUAGAAAAGGGUGGGAUGAAUUUGUUAAAGAAAUUUAUGAAACAGAAUGCAGCAGAGAGGCAGUGGUCUACUGGGAAGUGGAGAGCCCUUCUCCCAAGUUCAACAGAGAUUACGUCUAUGUGAAUCAGUGGCAGGAGCUGGACUUUAAGGAGAAGAUCCAUGUGAUCCUGGCCCAGAGCACCUCCAUGCCGCAGUUUCCAGAGAAGUUGGGCGUGAUCCAGGUGAGGCAGUUCAAACAGAGGCUGGCGAUCCAGAGCAAUGGCAAGACGGGGAGCAAAGUUUUCAUGUAUUACCUUGAUAACCUGGAUUGCCCAGUUCUGAACUGACUCUUUAAGUGGGCUGCCAAGAAAGGAGUUCCUACCUACUUGAAAAACAUGGUGAAUACCUGUCAUAACUAUCCCAGGAGAUCCUAAGAGAGAGAAUUGGGAGCUCUGUGUCCAUGGAAUGAUGUCCCUGGAAGUGCUACAACUACUGAUGCUCAGCCUGCCUUUCCCUUUUCAGUCCUCAGAGGCCUGCAUGCUCUCCAUCACCUUAUCCCCAAGCAUGUUUGCCU